UCAGAAAUGUCGAAUCUGCAUAUUUUCACCAUCGCCAACCCUCUCCUCGCAGCCCUCCCAGUGGAAGAAUGCCAGCCCCUCCAAUAACUCAGCCGUGAUCUAGCCAUCACAUAUUCGCCAUGUUGGUCUCAAUAGGGCGCCGGGCCAGCGCCCGCCGCUGCCUGCAACAGCGCAGCUCGCCGUGGCGUGGUCUGAGACCUUGGGCAGUCCCAGCAUCGCUCGCCAGCAGCGCCGCCGGCUGGCCGGCCAUCACCAGGGCAUACAGCUCCCGCACCAGCAGCAGCAGCAGCAGCCGUAGUGGCGCCCACAACGGCACUCGCAGCAGCAGCAGCCCCCGCCCGCAGCGGCCCGCCACCAUCGCGGUGCUAGGGGGUGGCCUGACGGGCCUGACGACGGCCUUCUACCUGACCAAGUUCCUGCCCUCGGCCCGCAUCACGCUCUAUGAGGCGUCGGAUCGGCUGGGCGGCUGGGUCGACUCGCACACCAUGGACCUGCGGAGGACCCUGCCCGACGGCAGGCCGGCGCGCGUCGUGUGCGAGUACGGCCCGCGCCUCGUCUCGCCCACGGGAAAGAACUUUGCCGACACACUGGUCUACGCGGAGCUGCUGCACCACCUGGACCUCAGGAGAAUGAUGUGGACCCUGGACAAGAACCGCGUCGGCCUUACACCCGACCACAAUGUGUUUGAAGACAUCAUUGGGCGCCGCUACAUCUACUACCCGGACCACCUCGUCGAGGUGACGGGCCUCCCGAAGCUCAUGUGGAGGUUUCAUCCCCUUGCUUCCUUGGGGGUCCUCCUCCGCUACCUGUGCGGGAUGGCGCGCAAACUCGUCACCGAGCCCAUGUUUGACGGCGCGGGCCGCGCGCUGGCUGCGUGGAUUUCUCCCAAAGGCAGGAAACUGAUGCGUGAACGUGGCGCCAAGGCCCGGCACAAGCUCGUCGAGGUGCUCGCCGCGACGCCCGACGAGUCGAUCGGCGACUUCUUUGCGAGGAUGCUCGGCGGCCGGAAGCUAGUCGACAACGUGCUCGCGGCCAUGGUUCACGGCAUCUACGGCGGCGACCCCUGGCGGCUGAGCGUGCAGUCGUCCAUAUUCAUGACUACCGUCAUCAGACGCGCCGCGGGGCUGAGGGCCUCUUUUGGUCUCCAAUCCAAGGCGAACACGGCGCUCACCGAGGAGAUCUAUCUCGAUCUCACGAAUAAGGGCGAUGCAAUCAGGGCCUUGUUCAGCGACGGCAUUGUCUCAUUCGACAGGGUUGCCGCGAACGGGUUUAAGAACGGCUUCUCCACAUUCACCAACGCGAUGGCCGACGCUCUGCGCGCCAACCCCAACGUUGAAAUCAGGUUGAACGAGCCCGUGACCAGCCUGACCUACGUCCAGGCCGGCCAGGAGUCCAGUGUCCGGGUCAAAACAAACAAGAACAGCCAGAGCUUCAAUAAAGUCAUCUCAACAAUCUACGCCAAGACCCUGGCCGACAUUACCGACGGCCGCCUCCCGGCCCUGGCCGACACCGAGGCCGUGACGAUGCAGGUCGUCAACCUCUACUACCCGGACCCGGGCCUCAACCACCCCCACCGCGGCUUCGGCUACCUGGUUCCCCCGACGGCCGACGUCGAGCCGGGCGUGCUGGGCGUCAUCUUCGACUCGGACCGCGAGGGCGCCAUAACCGCCGCCAUUGCGCGCCGCCACCUCGAAUGGCGCGCCCGCCACGGCGACCCGGACCUCACCGUGCCCCAGCUCCCCCACCCGUCGGGCGACACCAUCCCGGGCACCAAGCUGACCGUCAUGCUCCGCCUCGACGAGCAGACGGGGCCCCGCACCGACGACGAGGCCUGCCGCCUCGCCCACGCCGUCGUGUGCCGCCACCUCUCCCUGCCCCACAAGUACAGCAGCCGCGACCGCACCUUUGCCUCGGUCAAGACGGCCCGCGACUGCAUCCCCCAGCACCGCGUCGGCCACCGCGCCCGCCUGGCCGCCGCCCACGCCCAGCUGCUGGCGGCCUACGGCGGCCGCCUCGCCGUCGCCGGCCCUUCGUACACGGCCCCGGGCCUGCUGCCCGCCAUGCGCGCCGCCCGCGACGUGGCCGCCGAGGUGGCCGGCUGCGGCUACGAGACGGCCUACGCCCGCAGGAUGGCCCUCGACCCCGGGGCCCACCUCACCCUCCAGUUCGACCGCGACCCGGACUUCGACCCGGUCAGGGAGGUGGUCGGCGUCGGCGACACGGGCCUGGCCCGCUUCCGCGACGACAAGACCUGGGCCUCGGACUUCUUCCCCUUUAGCAGAAGGGUCAUCCGGUACCCGGGCUUCGACAACAAGCCCCCGAGGUACGCCAGAUGGGACCACAAACACGAGUGAUUCCUUCUCUUUUCGCGCAAAAAAAAAAAGGGCAAGUAAAACGCACUUUUGUUGUAUUUUAUGUGGCAUCAAUAAUUAUCUCGACACUCUACAUGAGCGCGCAUGUUUCUUCUUCUUUUUUUUCUUUUUUCUGCUUUUAGUCUCCCCAAUCACACACAACCCCAGCUUGCCUGGCCAUGACGGACAGACGGCCACCAAGGGGUAAAGAUAAUACCGCUACUGGUGACACUGAAAAAACAAAACAAAAAAAGACACGCAAUCUAUCGCUCAUAGUAGCGGCGCGUCGUAGGUAUCGUUCGUGCGGAAUACAUGAAAAAGGGCCGCGCCGACAUUAGGAAAUUGUAAUAGGGGGGCGUCAUAAUUUUGAAAUCCACCUCCAGGUUGCCUAAAACCCUCCCC